UUUUAGUUGACUAAAUUUUGCAAACUAGCUUCUUAUUUCGAAAGGAAAUAUAAUGGUUCCAAAAUUUCACUAAAAAUUGCAUUAUUUGUCGUCGAUAAAUACGCAUAUGAAAAUUGCAGGCGUUGGUAAAAGAAAUAUUUGCAAUACCAUCGGCGGGUUAUAAAGUAGCCAUCCUGCUUAGAGUCUGAAAUGUAAUAUGUUCUGAAGUACCACCACCGUUCAAACAUUGAACAAAAUGAAAUUUUGGAAAUCAAGCCAAAAAUUUCAUUGCAGUACCAAUAGUACUUCUCAUAUCAAAUCCUGUAAAAUAUUAAAUAUAGUUUACAGCUUGCAACUAAAUUAAUGUUGUUAUAUCUACCGAAAUUAAUAGUUUUAUAACUUUAACGCGUCGCAUAAAUUACCCUCGCCCUCCUCACGAAAAAAGGGAUAUUUAUAUAGACCAUAGUAAAACUCGUAUCAAUUGCACCAAUCUCAUACUAUAUGCAUGAACUGUUAAAAAUUAUGUGUUAGCGUAAGUUUAAUGAUGUUUCGGAGAAUUCAUAGAACCUGGUGGAAAAAAGGAAUUGAAUUAAAGAUAUCGAUGGACAAAUGGGUUAGAUGGUAUCGUGAGUUGAUGCGUUCAGUCGUUUGCUAGCUCUUGGAACAUCAACAUGAAAAAUAAAUUUCAACCCGCUUACUAUUCACAGAAUAAGAAAUUUAGACGAGGAUCUCGAUCAAGCUUCGCUCAAUCUUUAAAAAAAUUCUUUCGCGUCUACUGCGAAAAUACGGGUUUACAUGGGUUUCGUUAUAUCGUCACAGGCAGGACAACCUUCGAUAAAACACUGUGGUUAACGAUCUGUGUAUCGGCCAUUGUCUUCUGCGUCACUCUGAUGCUGCGUUUGUGGUCAUAUUUUGAGAACAACCCCACUGUAACAAUUAUCGAUACAUCGAAUCCUGUAAAGGAGUUGCAUUUUCCUGGCAUCACCGUGUGCAACAAUAAUAAAGUUUAUAAACCACAUGCUGAUAAAAUUGCACAGAAAUUGUUGAUGAACGGAUUUGAUAUCAGCAUGACCAACAAAUUAUUCUCCUCUCUAAUGAAAUUAAUACGUCCCGACAGAAUUGCUAUCGAUAACGCAACUGCAUCUUGGGCCCUCGACAUUUUAGGUUACAGUGUGGAGAAAUUAAUGUACGAGCUGAUGCAGCCUUGCAGUAUGUUGAUAGUAAGGUGUUCCUGGCUUGGUCAACUCUAUGAUUGCAACAAAAUCUUCAGAACUGUGAAAUCGAACGAGGGAUUCUGCUGUGGCUUCAACUACCAUUUUGAACUUUCUGACGAUUUUCAAAAUGACGAUGCGUGGUUGGCGAACAUAACGACUGUCGAAGAGGAUCUACACGAAUAUAAUUCUUCCGACCCUCUGCCAGGAGUCGGAAAUAUUUUACACGUGCCGGGGACCGGACGCGACAUCGGUUUAGCAGUGGCGUUGAACAUCGACGCUAAAAACUACAAAAGUUCCGUGAGGCAAUUUGUGGGCGCCACCAUAUUGAUACACGAUCCAUUAGAUUAUCCCGAUAUUGGUGCACAGUCCGCCACUCUGCAACCGGGCCAUUCGAUGUCGAUGACACUUUCGGGAACGAAAAUCAAAAGCUCCGACGACAUUCAGAAUAUACCUUUGCGCAAGAGAAUGUGCUUAUUCGAUGACGAGGUCCCCGGAGAACGCGACUAUAGUUACCAAACGUGCAUCUCAGAAUGUAUGCAGCAGAAAAUGUACGGUCCUUGUGGAUGUUUGCCUUUUUUCUACCCGAACGAACAUCCAAACGAGCGUACCUGUUAUUUGACGGACGUAGAUUGCAUUUUAUCUCACAGAAGGAGCUUGGCACAGACACAGUUAUCGCACGUGAGCGACUGCAAUUGUCUUCCACAGUGCAACGACAAGUCGUACGAAGUGAUUUCCGAAUCGGUGCAAAUAGACGAAUUGAGUUACGAUUCUGAACUAACACGUGGUUUGGAUACAAAAAACACGUCAUUCUUGUACGUGUAUUUCCGAGAUGGCACCUAUCUUGAGUAUCGGAAGCAAACUAUACUGGGAUGGGAUAGUCUUCUUGCAUCCUUCGGUGGAAUCUUCGGACUUUGUUUAGGAGGCUCCGUAAUUAGUUUCGUAGAAUUUGUCUACUAUAUGGUGACCAAUUUCUUUGCUCUCCGUAAGAAAAAACAGGAGCAACAAAAUCAAAAUGUACCACCGGCUUCGAAAUUAUUUAUUUCGAUACCCAUGGAUGUAAAUUUGAAGAAAUACAAUGCAACGCUAAAUAAGGAUACGUUUAUUGCGUGGAAUGAACAAUUGUCUCAACGAGAUCAGAAAGAUCCAGUUUGUUUAAAAUUUGAAUUUUCCUGACAACUUCCGGUUACAGCCAUGCACUGCUUGCUGCGCCAUCUGCAACUCUUUCUUUCCGGUUACUUUUAGAACCGAGU